UUGUUCACUAAGGAAAUGGGUGGAUUAUGUAAGUUUUUGGUCGGUCAUGGUUGUGACGAUAGACGUUCAACAUGUUUACAAGUACCCUCUGGAACUUGUUGCUCACACGCAUUUUACCAAAUAUCCUACAAAUAAGGAGAAAUUCGUGAAAAAAAUAGAUGUGCUGGAACAGAAAACAGAUGCAGAUGGCAUUAACUACAGAAGAAGUAUUGCAGUGUGUGAAAACGUUAUUCCUAGGAUUCUAAGAACGAUAGGUAUAUUGAAUGAGAAGGCUAUUCUGCUGGAAGAGGAGUCAUGGUUUAAUGUUAGGAAGAAUCAUUUAGAGCUGAAAAGUCGCAAUUUGACGUGGUGUAAAUAUGCUAGACUCUGGGAGAAAUCAGUGUUUAAGAGGCAUAAAGACAAUCCAGCAUGGACUGUAUUUGAGCAACAUGGUAGCAUAGAUGUACAUGGGAUAGGCCCUUUUGGUAGGGUAAUAGAAAUGUUUGCUGAAAGCUUUCUUCAUUCAGGAGUGAAAAGGAGUUUAUCAAUUAUGGAAGAGUCUCUACAGGAGAGGUGCAAGGAAGCCCAUCAACAGGGAAGUUAACCAGGCCAGUAUGUGAUGGAAUGUAUUCAAUAUUCCGCCCAGUACCUGCCAAUUUAUAUUUUGUAACGUUUGUGAAUCAAUCUAAUUACUCUAUAAUAGAUGUAAACAGGGUAUUAUUAGCUCACCUGAGCCAAAGGCUCAUGGUGAGCUUUUAUGACCACUCUAUGUCCGUCGUCUGUCUGUCAACAAAUUCUAAAAGAAUCUUCUUCUUCAGAACCACUGUGAAGAUUUACACCAAACUUCACAGGAAUGAUCCUUGGGUGACCCCCUUUCAAAAGAGUUCAAAGAAUUUAAUUCCACACCGAACUCUGGUUACCAUGGCCACCAAAUGGAAAAACUUAAAAAAAUCUUCUUGUCCAAAACCGCAAGGCAUAGAGCCUCGAUACUUGGUCUGUGAAAUCAUCUAAUGGUCCUCUACCAAGAUUGUUCAAAUUAUGCCCCUUGGAUAAAAAGAGGCCCGGCCCCCGGGGUCCCAAAUUUUACAUAGACUUAAAUAGGAAAAAACUUUUAAAAUCUUCUUGUCUGAAACCACAAAACCUAGGCCUUUGAUAUUUGGUAUGUAGCAUUGCCUUAUGGUCCUCUACCAAGAUUGUUCAAAUUAUUACCCUGGGGUGAAAAGAGGCCCCGCCCGGGGGUCCUAAGUUUUACAUAGACUUAUAUAGGAAUCACUUUAAAAAUCUUAUUGUCUGAAACUGCAAGGCCUAGGCUUUUGAUAUUUGGUGUGUUGCAUUGCCUAGGGGUCCUCUACCAUAUUAUUCAAAUUAUGUCCCUGGGGUAAAAGAGGCCCUGCCAUGGGGGUCCCAAGUUUUACAUAGACUUAUAUAGGAAAAAGCUUUACAAAUCUUCUUGUCUGAAAGUUCAAGGCCUAUGCCUUUGAUAUUUAGUAUGUAGCAUUGCCUAGGGGUCCUCUACCAAUAGUAUUCAAAUUAUGUCCCUGGGGUGAAAAGAGGCCCUGCCAUGGGGGUCCCAAGUUUUACAUAGACUUAUAUAGGAAAAAGCUUUAAAAAUCUUCUUGUCUGAAAGUUCAAGGCCUAUGCCUUUGAUAUUUAGUAUGUAGCAUUGCCUUGUGGUUCACUAACAAGAUUGUUCAAAUUAUGCCCCUGGGGUGAAAAGAGGAAUUACCCCAAGGGGUCACUUGUAUAUGAGUUAUAUAAGAAAAAAUACUUAAAAAAUUAUCUGAUCAUAUUUCCUAGACUGUUUAAUUAUAAAUACCUGAUGACCUCAAGUAAUUACAGGCCACUUGACUGUGACCAUGACCUACUGACCUACUUUCUUGUUUUUUAAGAUGCAGCCUUGAAAUUUGGAUGACAUAUACAGUUUUGCAUAUCUUAACACUGACUUUCGGUGACCAUGAAUGUGACCUACUGACCUACUUUCUUAAUAUUUUAGCAUCAGUUUGACAUUUAAAACAUGUAGCUCAUAUUACUCAGGUGAGCGAUCCAGGGUCAUCAUGACCCUCUUGUUUGUUUUUGCUUGACUAUUUUUGCAACUGCCUGGAUGUUGUAGACACAAUAUUUGAUGCAUCUUAAAUGAUGAUAUUUAAGUUCUGAUAUUGUAGUAUGCCAGACAGGAUAUUUUUGAACUUUUGAGAUUUGUCUGCAUAGUCCACAAGAUACAGAUGAGUUGCUAGUUU